CUCAAGGUACAGCUAAAUCAUCAUCAUCCUCCGACGGCCGUCCAAGGCUAGCCAACGCCUCUGGCGAUGAAUCGAUGGACUGCGAACAAGCAGAAGCAGAAUCUGUGGAGAAGUCAGAUAUUGAGCUACCCAACAAUAGUCUCAAUGGCACUACUACGACUUCUACAGUUGAAAAACUGAGAAAACGGUUUCUUGAUAAGAUCGGUAUCGUCAAGAAUAUCACGUAGAUGGUAGAUGAUAAAACCACGAUGUCAACAGCUUUAAAACAACUGGAAAAUAUUCAGCUAAUGCUAAAGAAGAGCUGCUCUUCAACGCACGGUAUUCCUCUCAGAACAAGCCCAGUCGAGAAGAAGUUAAAGAUCACGUCAACGGAAUACCAUCAAGUAUUUCACAAGAAAUUGCCCCCUAGACGACGCUGGAAAAAGAAGACUCCGAAGGCUGAUGUGAUUUUCAUUGAAGAAGACAGCAAUGACGAUGUUGAUGAUGAUGAUGCUAAGAGGAAGGCAACCAACUUUUUCGUUGCAGACUUAACUGCGAGUGGUGACGGAGAGCAGAACACUGUUUCGCAGGAUGAUGAAGCAAACACUACCCGUUUAGAUCUUGAAACGCUAGGGUUAGGCCAUAAGUUCUCUGAUAAAUACGUGCCAUUGCUGAUCUCAAAACGGGAUGGAAUUGCAAGUCAUGGCUAUGUGUUGAACCACUACAUUACACACAGACCGAUAGCUAUAACUAUGGUGUGAUUGUAUGUCUUUUUGCUCGGUGUUUGUGUGAGGGGUUGGAUAUCAAUGGAAGUUACGAUGUGGACAUGGAAAGGGAAAGAAUAACGUCUGUCAUAUUUGGCUCGUGCCGAUGAUGACCUUGAUUAGUAAGUUUUGAUGGUGUCAAAUAUCAUUGUUUCUUAAACGCCGCAACACUCUCUUUGACGUCCCAUAUAUUUUGUUCAAUUAUAGGAGAAAUACCGCGGUCUGUAAGAUUUGCAAAGACGACGAUGGAGAGGAUUGGCUCGGGUGCGAUAGCUGUGGCCAGUUUUUCCAUGCA